UCUUCCUGUUUUCUCUCUGCCUUGUUCAUUUAAAUUUCGUUGCUUUUCCACUCAAUUCGCACUCUUUAAUUUAUUUUUGCUGGUUUCUCUUCUUCUUUUUGUACCCCAAAAAAAAAAAAAAAAAAUCCCUCUUUUCCGAAUUGGAACGAUUAUAUAUGCAUGUAGUUCAGUGUUCGUGAUGGAUUUUACGAAACUCAAAAGUAUAAAUUGGGUUGGAAACAUUUACCAGAAAUUUGAAACAAUCUGCCAGGAGGUGGAUGGUAUAGUGAAUCAGGACACAAUUAAAUAUGUUGAAAAUCAGGUGCAGACAGUGGGUAAAAGUGUGAAGAAAAUUUCUAAUGCCGUCCAAGAUUUACUUCCUCCGGUUAAACAUGAUGCUAACGGUGUGGCGGAGACACAGAAGUCUGCCAUUAGUGCUAAGUCAAGGAAAAAGGUAACGCAAAAUUCUUUGGAUGUAACUUCAAAGCAAUCACCUACAGAGCCCAAUGUAAAGGAUCCUGUGAGAGACCAGCUGAGUCCGGUCUCUACGGAAUAUGACCUUACAGACCAACCUAGUCUUCCAACGAUGAAUACUCUUGAAGUGGCCGAGUCAGAUUUAUCUGUGGGAAAGAUCGACAAAGUUUUGGCAACUGAGAAGUCUUUAGUUGCAAUUGAAAAGCAAUCUCCUACAGAGCCCAAUGUAAUGAAUCCAGUGACAAACCAGCCCAGUCUUGUCUCUAGUAAAUAUCACCCUGCCGAUCAACCGAGUUCUCCAACUUUAAUAGAUACUGUCAAGGUGCCAGAGUCUGACUCAUCUGUGGGGAAGGUUGAUGAAGUUUUGACCAGUGAAGGUUCUGUAGAUGUGACGGAAAAUCAAUUGCCUACAAAGCUAAAUGCAAUGGAUCCUGUAACAAACCAGCUGAGUGUUGUCUCUGGUAAAUAUUACCUUCCAGAUCAACCUAGUUCUCCAAUUUCAGUGGACAGUCUUAAGGUGUCAGAGUCCAACUUAUCUGUGGGAAACAUUGAUGGCGAUUUGGAUAUUGAAAAUUCUUUAGAUUCACCUGAAAAGCAAUCACCUAUGGAGCCCAAUUUAAUGGAUCAUGUGACCAAACAGCUGAGUCUUGUUGGCAGUAAAUAUUACCUUGCAGAUCAACCUAGUUCUUCUGCAGUGGAUACUCUCAAAGUGUUAGAGUCCGAGUUAUCUGUGGAAAAUAUUGAUGAAGUUUUGGCAAAUGAAAAUUCUUUAGAUGCAACUGAAAAUCUAAAACGUACAGGCCCCAAUGUAAUCGAUCCAUGCCAGCCGAGUCUUGUCUCCAGUAAAGAUAACCUUGCAGGUCAACUUAGUUCUCCUGCUUCCAUGUAUACUCUUGAGGUAGUGGAGUCUGACUUGUCUGUUCCAGAGAUUGAUGACGUUUUUACCAAUGAAGACUCAGCUGCAAACAAUGAAGAAACUGCCGUAAAAGUGUCUGCACCUAUAUUAGAGGAGUUAACUUCUCCUUUUGUGGCAGAACACUCUACAGCGUCCCCACACGGGGUAUUUUCUCAUAGCAAUCAUGAAAAUAGAUGUGCUGAUUUGCCUGAGGUUGCACCUGUAACCCCUGCAUAUGGAUUGGAGUUUGAGUCUGAGCAAAAGUCGACUGUUUGUAAUAAGUCUUCAGAUGAAACUGAGUAUGUAUCUGGUGCUUCAAGUACUACUUCUGAAAUUGCCUCUUCAGUUGUAUCUGGGGAAAACGCUAUAGAGAAUAUGGAACUUGCAUCCUUCAGCAGCUCCAAUGCAAAGGAAUCACUUUGGCUCGCUGGGUAUCCAUCUGAAAACUUAUCCCUGGAAGCUGUUGAGGUGGCUGGGUUUGUAUCUAAUGAUUCUAAUGGGCUCCCAUCAUCUGCUUCACCUUCAACCGUGUCUGGUGAGAAUAAGGACCUCGGUAUGGGACUUUCUUCUUUCAGCAGUGUCAUAUCACCCGAAUCAGUAGCAGAAGGCACUUCCAGAACGGCAGAGAUCAUGCCUCUGACAGUACCAUCUAGAAAGCAGCAUGUUCAAAUCUGCGACUCUGUUCAGUAUGGUGCUCUUAGGUUGUCUUUAGAUAUUGGAUGUUCAGAUGAAUCAAGCAGCGAUUCUUCUCACUUUCCUAUGGAAACUAUUGAUUUGCAUGAUAAGGUAAUGCUGGAGGAGAGGAAUGUCGGUUUCCACAAUAAGGUGAAGCUGGAGGAGAGCUGUGUCAUCAUAGACGAUAGCGUCCUGCAUGCUGUCUCUAGCCGAGCAAGAAAACAAAGAUCAUACAAGAAAAGAAUCCAGGAUGCUUUUACACCAAACAAGAGGUUGGCAAAGGAGUACGAACAGCUAGCAAUUUGGUUCGGAGACAGUGAUAUAGAUUCCAGCCAUAGCCAAGGAGCACUCUCGAACAUGAAAAAGUCGGAAUUUGAUGAUGCCUGUGAUUUUGAAUGGGAGCUCCUGUAAGUAAACCAACUCAUCCCUGUAAAUAAUUGGAUCGGUUAAAGGGCUGCUUGCCUUAGCAGGUAAAUAUGGUGGAAAGUUACAUACCAAACCGAAUGUAUAUAAUUGAAGAUGAUGCCUCUACAUAAAAUAAAUUAGUUAAGCAUCACGGUAUUGAGUUCUAGCUGGUCAGUAUUGUUUCCGGAUAUUAUCUUCACCGGUUUUUUGCUGGUUGAAGAGGAUGAACAAAUGGAUUAUAAAUAUUGUGUCUA